AUGAACAUCGCCGUCCCCGUUGACCCGCUCCACUGGCAGAUCUCCCUGACACCUCGACCACUGUUCGCCUUGCGUCAGAUGAGUUGCACGCCGAGAGCCGCCGUGAACCACACUGCCUGCAAUGCUUCGCCGUCGCCGAACAGCCCACGUGCCAUCUGCGAGCAUCGACCCCAACAGCAAGCAGCAGCGUCACGCCAUCAAUCGAGAAGUUCGAUCUGCCAACAUCCGAGAAGCCGAGAGCUGUGCGUUAGUGUAGAGUUUCACCGCAGCUUCUAUCCACCGAGGCCAAGGGUGUUUGGGGAGGCUUUCUGGAAGACGAGAUGCAUCAAGUUUUGUUCAAGAUGA